UUCCAAACGGAGCUGUCCUGAGGAACUAAUCACUUCCGUCACUACCUAGAACGACUAUGGCGGAGAAACGUCGGUCCGGGGGAACUUCGGGGAUGUCCGAAUCCAAACCGACCAAGACCGACACCGAGCGGGAGUUCCUAUCGCAGGCAGGAGUCGGGGAGUUACUCAGAGGGGCUCUGCUAAAGAUGGUAGAGGCCAGGUCGGAGGACCCAAUGGGGUUUUUGGCAGACCAUUUCUGUAAUCAGGCCUCGGAGGCUGAGAAUGGGACUGGUGGAUGCUGCUGCGAUGGGGAUUUGCUGAACCUCGGCGCAGGCGCACACGAGCAGCAGCAGCUGAGCCGAGCCCUAUGGCACCUGCGUCUAGCGCAUCACUCUCAGAGAUCUGCCUUCAGUAACAACGUCCGUGUGGCCUACGACCUGCUAACGCAGACAGGGCCCCAGCGGCGAGGAGCAGUGGGUCCCAGUGGCCCUGCUGGUCAAUGCAGCUCUAACAGCCCAGGUGGGGGGGUCAGGGGCCGCCUCUACACACACACCCUCCAGUGUCUCUGCAGCGAGGGAGGCGUCCCCAUCUCCACUUCAGCCCCUCUGCUACGCCGGCUCCACUGCCAGGACCAUGAGGCCGUGCCCUACGACAUCUUCAGGCACGGUGUGCUGACGUGUGCUGUGUUUUCUGACUACAUCCGGAGGGCGCAGAGGCUGUACGCGGAGGUCUGCGGCCCAGCUGAGGGGCCUGCUGGUCGGACACUAUGUCUGGCUGUGCUGGGCACCCUCCAUGAAGCCCUGGAGACCUCCCGGUCUGAUGGUGGCUCCUCAGAUGCUAACCACUACUCUAAUGCUAACGCUAAGGCCAAUCCCUACCUAGAGGCUAAGGUUAGCCGCUACCUGGAGGCGAGUGCUAAGAUCUCACCCGGUAAGCUGGCCCAGGCUAUGGCUGGAGCGGAGCCAGCCGGGGGAAACAUGGACGCCAAGGAGUUUGAGGACGCUGCGGCAGAGCUCUUUAUCGCUCGAGUAAGAGUUGUGUGUUAGCUGCUGGUGUAUUCUCGUUCCUAUAAUGUCUGCACUGUUCCUUGUAAUGUAGUGUCAGAUCCUAGUAUGAGAUGUGUGUAUGACUUUCCUCGUUCUUAUGAAGCACCUGAAGAACAUACAGCAUGGCUAAAUAUAUACUGUAUAAUAUAGUAUGAUCAUGUAAAUAUGAUUCAAUAUACCAAUAAAUGUCAGACCUGGAUUUUGCUUAUUCAUGCUUUAAUUUAUAAUGUAAUGAAAACAUCUGUUACAAGUAGGGCUAUCGUGGUCAUUACAUUUUGUCACCCGGGGAUUGUCAAUCAAAUAACUGUCGGUCUCACGGUAAUUGACUAAAACAGGUUUUUAGAAAUGUUUGAUAAUUUAUUUAAAAAAACAAACUAAAACAUAUAAUACAUUUACAUAAGUAUUCAGACCCUUUACUCAGUACUUUGUUGAAGCACUUUUGGCAGCGAUUACAGCCUUGAGACUUAUUGGGUAUGACGCUACAAGCGUGGAACACCUGCAUUUCUUCUCUGAAGAUCCUCUCAACCUCUGUCAGGUUGGAUGGGGAGUGUUGAUGCACAGCUAUUUUCAGGUCUCUCCGGAGAUUGGAGAGUUUGACCGGAUUUAAGUCCGGCCUCUGGCUGGGCCACUCAAGGACAUUCAGAGACUUGUCCUGAAGCCAUUCCUGCGUUGUCUUGGUUGUGUGCUUAGGGUUGUCCUGUUAGAAGGUGAACCUUUGCCCCAGUCUGAGGUCCUGAGAGCUCUGGAGCAGGUUUUCAUCAAGGAUCUCUCUGUACAUUGCUCCGCUCAUCUUUCCCUCGGCCCGGACUAGUCUCCCAGUCCCUGAAAAACAUCCCCACAGCAUAAUUCUGCCACCAAACCAAGCGGGCUGUCAUGUGCCUUUUACUGAGGAGUAGCUUCCGUCUGGCCACUCUACCAUAAAGGCCUGAUUGGUGGAGUGCUGCAGAGAUGGUUGUCCUUUUGGAAGGUUCUCCCAACUCCACAGAGGAACUCUGGAUCUCUGUCAGAGGGACCAUCUGGUUCUUGGUCACCUUCCUGACCAUGGCCUUUCUCCCCUGAUUGCUCAGUUUGGUCGGGCGGCCAGCUCUAGGAAGAGUCUUGUUGGUUCCAAACUUCUUCCUUUUAAGAAUGAUGGAGGCCACUGUGUUCUUGGGAACCUUCAAUGCUGCAGACAUUUUUUGGUACUCUUCCCCAGAUCCUGUAUCGGAGCUCUACAGCCAAUUCCUUCAAACUCAUGGCUUGUUUUUGCUUUGACAUGCACUGUCAACUGUGGAACCUUAUAUAGACAGGUGUGUUCCUUUCCAAAUCAUGUCCAAUCAAUUGAAUUUACCACAAGUGGACUCUAAUUAAGUUGUGGAAACAUCUCAAGGAUGUUCAAUGGAAACCGGAUGCACCUGAGCUCAAUUUCGAGUCUCAUAGCAAAGGGUCUGAAUAUUUAUGUAAAUAAGAUAUUUCUGUUUUUAAUUUUUAAAUGUGCUAAAAUGUCUAAAAACCUGUUUUCGCUUUGUCAUUAUGGGGUAUUGUGUGUAGAUUACUAACAAUUUUUGGUUGUUUUUAAUCCAUUUUGGAAUAAGUAUAAUGUAACAAAGUGGAAAAAAUUAAGUCUGAAUACUUUUCGAAGGCACUGUAUGCUUAAUUUAGAGUUAUUUAUGUUGUGAUACAAAUGUUGACCUAUAUGGUUUGAUUUUUAAUUAAUAUAUUCUAUAGCUGCA